UGCUGUCAGAUCACAAUUAAGGAAGGGAAACACCACCACUACUACAACAUAAUAUAAUAGGGCAUUUAAAUAAAGAAUAUUUACAACUACAUAAAUCGUUCUUAUCAUUAUUAAAAAUAGAGGUGGCGUUUUCGCCAGACAAAUAGUAGCAGUUUAUGCCAAUUGAGGUGCUGUUUUCGCCCGAGAAAUCAGUGACGUUUUGCUGAGGUGCCGCUUUAGCCUGCAACCAGUUUGGCUAAUGAGUUAAUCCAAUUAGCCAACACUUUUCCACGGGAUCACGGCCGCUAUCACAAAUAUUUAAUGCUUGUUUACCAAGUGAUGACACAGAGGAGGGGGUAUGAAAAAGGUCCAAGUGAGGAGGAUCAACAAGAGCUGCCAUCUCUCAAGCUCAUAGCAUUGCAAAGGGAGAUAACCAAGAAGAAGAGGGAGCUUCAGAAGGUGAAUCUGGAGUUGCAGUGCCGAGUCCAGGACAAGGAGACAGCUGACAUCACACACAUAGACAUCCUGAAGAACAAAGUCGAGAAAAUCCAGAAGCUGAAUGCUCACAUAGAAUCUAUCAUGGAGAAGAAAGAUCAACUGACAGGUCGACUUCAGCAGCCAUUUGUGGGCGACUACAUCAAGAUGGAUGCUGCAUUCCACAAAUACGCCAGUGAGCUGUUCCCGCAGAUUGCUCCUAUCCUUGGAGAUCUCAACUACAACCUUGACAACAUCAAUUGGACGAAGAGAACGAACUUCUCUGAGGGAAAGAUGGACACCCUGAUAGCACAGAUGUCCAAUGCCCUGGCUGACAUGCGCCUCCAGUACAAUGCUCUGGUACAGAUGCGGGGGAGCAUCAAUGACAUUCGAAGACACAGAAUCUCUCACCUGGAAGCAUCUGUAGCAGACUGAUGGCAACAAGACUAGGUGGUCAAGGAAGACCAGAUGUUCAAUAAGUGUUCCUAUAAGGAUACCUUCAGUGGGAAUAAAGCUGAACAGUACAUGAGUAACUGAUGCUGCAUCUGUGUGGAAGAUGGUCCUGUGAAGGAUGGAUGAUUCUUCAAAUGUGUGGAGCCUUUCAUUCAUCAUGAAAUCACGGAACUGUUAAGAACAGGGAUAAUACAAUUCAACUUUAAAGGAUGAAGAUGUUUCCUAUUUGCUUGUAUGGACUUCCUGCUUAAUAAACUAUUUUUCUGUCACAA